AGGUGGCAGUGUGGACAUUGGACGUUAGUCCAUAAACACGGAGAGCCUGGACGUCACACGGGAUAGCGGGGAAAAUGCUUUUCUUCAGUUGAACCUUACCUUGUAUUUAGAUAAAACAGCUGGCACACACAUCUCAACAUGGUGUCACUGCAGAGAGUCGGGAACAUAUUUAAACAGCUCAGGUGCUUGUCUCACCUGACGGGGGCUCAGUUUACAACACACACGCUGCAUCCUGUCUGUCAACCUCAAAACAAAUGGUUUGAGAGCAGAGUUGAUGGUGAUAGGUGGAGGAAAAACAUCCACCUGACACCACCAAGGCUGGAGAAGAGUGAUGUGUCUGAAGCAGCGUACGAGAAGCUGGCAGAUGAGACUUUGGAUGCUCUUACUGAUUAUUUUGAAGACCUGACGGAUGAAGCUUUCACUGGUGCAGACUACGAUGUUGUCUUCUCUAGUGGUGUGUUGACAGUGAAGGUGGGCAGGGAGCAUGGCACCUACGUCAUCAACAAACAGACACCAAACAGACAGAUCUGGCUCUCUUCUCCCUCCAGUGGACCAAAGCGCUACGACUGGACAGGUGCACGCUGGGUGUACAUUCAUGAUGGCAUGAGCCUCCAUCAGCUGCUUUCCAAAGAGUUUUCCAUCAUCUUCAAUAAAAACAUGGACCUGUCUGCCCUGCCCUAUUCCUCAGGUCCCACAGCUGAACUCUGAGAGCCAAAGAUGAACAACGCACAAGAACUUAUCACCUUAGCCCUGAGGACAGCUGUUGUGUAUAUAAUGAGUUAUCUAUAUGUCCUAUAAUAAUGUAUUGUACAUUUGUGUUUCAUGGUGAUUUCAUUAAAUAUUUGAAAAGAACCUACAGAUGCAGAUCAUUGAGUCUCCUUAUACAGGCCUCAGUGAACUCUCCCUGAACUCAAACGCUUCAUGUUGUCUGGUGUUAUUGAGUUGAUGCUCUCACAGAGGGCUAACUGCACAGAGGCAGUGCAGAGCGACGAGAGGCUGCACUGCAAUCUUUGAAAACCAAAGUCACGUACUGGAUGAGGGGCAUUAAACAAACUAUGCACAAGACAUUUAAAUACAAUCUGAAUCACUGAUGUGACAGUGAUGAUAUUGAAGUUGUUUCUCUUCCCUCGUGUUUCAUGGAAGUACACGAGGGAAAGGAUCGUAAAUAACUUUCUUGUAUCCAUGGAAAGGUUCUAAUUUGUCUUCAUUUUGACAAAGUGUAUUAAAUAGGUUUUUCUUUACCAUU